AUGGUCUCGCUCUCCGUGCCAGCGCUCUCGACGCUCGUCGCAGCCGCCGCGCUGCUCGUCGCCAAUGCGGAAGAAAUCACAACCUUACCCGGCGUCACGGGCGGCAUCCCGUUCAAGAUGCACAGCGGCUACGUCGACGUCACGGACGACAGCGACGGCUCGCGCCAGCUCUUUUUCUGGUUCGUCGAGUCCGAGUACAACCCGUCGACGGCACCCGUGCUGCUCUGGACCAACGGCGGGCCCGGCUGCAGCGGCCUCGGCGGCUUCAUCAGCGAGAUGGGCCCCUUCGUGCCCCACGCGGACGGGACGCUCGGCCGCCGCGACUACGCGUGGAACAAGCUCGCGAACAUGCUCUUCAUCGAGCAGCCCGCGGGCGUCGGCUUCUCGACGGGCGCCAUGGACUACUACGACGACGGCAUGGUCGCGAGGGACAACGCGAACUUCGUCGCGCGCUGGCGCCAGCGCUUCCCGGACUUUGCGGGCCGGACGCUCUACCUCACGUCCGAGUCCUACGGCGGCCACUACCUGCCGACGCUGGCCUUGGAGCUCGUGAAGCGCGGCACGCCGAACUUCGGGGGCUUCGCCGUGGGCAACCCGCUCACGUGGAUGCCCUACCGCGACUACGGCCAGUGGGGCACCUGGGCCGCGCACCAGCUCCUGCCCCUGCCGCUCUGGGAGAGCUACCUGGAAAACGCCUGCGCGCCGCCGCGUCUCGACGCGCGCGCGCGUUCCGGACUCUGUUUCCGCAGGCGACGUCGACUGCCCGCCCGAGGACCCGCACUGCGAGCCGAACGCGACGUGCGUCGAGC